ACGGGCCGAAGAAAACGUCUGUCCAAUUCUCUCGGUAAUGUUUACAACGGUCGAAAGACUAAACGACGUCGUAAGUUUCCUAUUUUGGUAGGAAAAUUUCUUGCUCAGACAAAACAACCAGGCCAGGCCAACUCUUUUCAUAAACCUCAAACUCUUUCUCUUCUUCUUCGUUCUGCCAUGGAUGCUUUCGAUUUUUGAUUUUGAAAUCCCCUUUGUAGUUUCCUUUUCUUUCCCUUUUUCUUUAUCUAAGUCUCUCUAAUUAUUUGUUCAACUUUCUUUUCGAAACCUAAAAGCAAUGGGCGUUGGAGGCAAAUUCUGGGAUUUGCUUAAACCUUAUGUCCGAAACGAAGCCUUCGACUUUUUGAGGAACAAGCGCGUCGCUGUUGACCUCUCCUUCUGGAUCGUUCAGCACGAGACCGCAAUUAAGGACAGUGUGCGAAACCCACACCUCAGGCUCACUUUCUUCCGUACUAUCAACCUCUUUUCUAAGUUUGGAGCAUUCCCGGUCUUUGUAAUUGAUGGAACUCCAUCUCCGUUGAAAUCGAAAACCAGAAUUGCAAGGUUCUAUCGUUCUUCUGGAAUUGAGUCGUCGAGCCUGCCUGUGCCUGAAGAUGGUGUUUCGUUUGAGAGGAAUCGGGCAUUUACGAAGUGCAUUCAAGAGUGUGUGGAACUACUUGAGCUCUUGGGGAUGCCUAUUCUUAAAGCAAAUGGAGAAGCUGAAGCACUGUGUGCCCAGUUAAAUGCUGAAGGACAUGUAGAUGCUUGCAUCACGUCUGAUAGUGAUUCAUUUCUCUUUGGGGCUAAGUGUGUUAUAAAAUCCAUUAAACCAAACACUAAAGAACCAUUUGAAUGUUACUAUAUGUCAGAUAUUGAAGCUGGUCUUGGUUUAAAGAGGAACCAUUUGAUAGCAAUCUCUCUACUAGUUGGGAAUGACCAUGAUAUAAAUGGAGUGCAAGGCAUUGGGCUUGAGACGGCUCUUCGCUUUGUCCGAAAUUUUAGUGAAGAUGAUAUAUUGAAUAGAUUACAUGAAAUUGGCAACAAGGUUACACCUCCGUUUCAGUAUAAUAUUAAACCUGUCGAUGAUUUUACAUCCAAUCCGGAAGCAAGCUCACAGAAGGCAAAGUCUACUCAUUGUUCUUUCUGUGGGCAUCCGGGUAGCAAACAAUCUCAUGUUGAGAAGUCAUGUGAAUAUUGCUCUGCUCCUGAUGGGGGCUGCAAGAAAAAACCUGAAGGGUUUAAAUGUGAUUGUCUUUCAUGUCAUGAGGAUCGGGAGGAAAAGGAGCGGAAGAAGCAAGAAUAUUGGUUAUCAAAAGUUUGCUCCAAGAUUGCUGUGGAACCUAACUUCCCUAAUGACGAACUCAUUCGUAUUUAUACGUGUGAUAGCCAUGGUUCUUUCACAGGAAAGAAUGACCAAUGUUUAACGUGGGAAAGUCCUAAAUUUGAAUUGCUGAUUGAUUUCUUAGUAUUUCAUCAACACUGGAUUCCAUCGUAUGUUCGUCAAAUGUUAUUUCCCAUGCUGUCCACCAUAUUCUUGAGAGAAACAGCCAACCAUUCAAUCAAAAGUUUAUUGUAUGGGCAGUUUGACUUUGACUCUGUGGAUCGUGUGAAGAUAAGACAAGGGCAUAAAUUUUAUGUUGUCAAGUGGAGAAAAGAUGUAUCCCUUAUGUGUAGUGCUACACCGAGUUCCGAAGAAGCUAAUAGUGAUAUUAUGGGUGUUGAUGAAUCUAUUAGUUUACUAGAUGAGUUAGAUGCACCAAUGAUUCGUAAUGAUGGGGGGUGUCAGUUUUUGUUGACGGACGAAAAUAUGGAACUUGUUCAUGCUGCUUUCCCAGAGGAAGUAAACAGGUUUUUGAGAGGAAAGGAACUGAAAGAAUCAAAAAGAAAGAAGAGUGCGGGAGCUGAUGAAUUGAUAUUGGAGACACCAAAGCCUAGGGAUGUCCAGCUAAAUAUUACUGAGUUCUACCGUUCAACCAAAGUCCAAUUACAAGCCGGGGACGAAGAAGGUUCAGCGAAGGAUUAUGAUAGUCAGAGUGACGGUAAUUCAAAGGGAAGAAGAAGAAUGCGAAAUCCCAACUUGUCUAAGUCUGUAAGACGUAGACUUUUGUUUGACUAAGGUUACUUUUUCUUCUUUGUUGCCAUUUUGGUUCCAUAUUUUCUUCUACCCGUUGAAGGUGUAAAUGAUUUGGAUGGAAUAGCACUAUGACGAGGAGGCUUAUGUUGGCUGGUGUAAAUUAUGGUAAACUUAGAUGUUAGGCAAUAGGCGUAUAAAUUUAGGAUUCAGUUUAGUGCAUUACAAACAAGCUUUUAAGUUAUGCUCUGUUUUUCCCAAUGUAUGUAAAGGAAGCUAAAAUAGUAUUAGUUUCCUAGUUUAUAUUCUCUAUAUACGUAUAUAUAUUUAUGAUUGGAAUGGAAUGCUUUAUCUAUGAUA